AUGAUUUCCGUCGUCGUCGUCGUCGUCGUGGGAAGAUGCUGUCGUCGACGGUUCGUGUUGGGCGCCCUGAUGAUUGCCGCCGUUAUUGCCGCCACUGCUCUUGGGGUUCAGGCUACUACUGAGGAUCGACGGUGUUUUUUGGCAAAUGGUGGAUCGUCGCAAACACUGCUGGUGCACGAGAAUGCGAAUGUGGGUGCAGAUAUCGGCCAGGUUGGGGUUUUGGGUGAACCCCAACAAGACAUAAAUUUGCAAUUGCAGAUUUCCAAUGGGAACCCUGCUGUUGAAAUUGUCCCCGGGUCGAAGAUCCUGAGACUCGCUUACCAACUUGACAAAGAGGAACUGGAUGGUCCCUCGAAAGUGGAUUUGAAAGUCGAAUGUACUCGGGUUGGAUCGUCUGAGGCUCCUGUUGUGAUACCGGUGUAUAUCAAAGUUUUGGAUGCGAAUGACAGAGCGCCUUAUUUUAUUGGAGGACCAUACGCAGUGAACGUUUCAGAGAUGACUGCUGUUGGAAGCACAGUGAUUGAAGUGCUGGCAAAAGAUGAGGACCAAGAUGGACCAUUUAGCACAAUCACUUACAGUAUUGUUCCUGAUGCUUAUUCUGACCAAGGGAAACCCCCUUUAUAUGGAGAAACCAGUCUUACUGUCCAAGUUUUGGAUGGUGAUGACAGAAAUCCAAAAUUUUUGGAGGAAAGUUAUUAUGGGAUUGUACCAGAGCCACCAGUGAGAGGAGCAAGAGUGCCUGUUGGACCCAAGCCAAUUAUGGCCUAUGACCAGGACACUGGCCUUGGUAUGCCAGUGAUCUUUUCUUUGCUGAUGAAUGGAGAGGAAUCAGAGUAUUUUACCAUCAACCCGAAAGAUGGGGCUUUGUACGUGUAUCACGACGUUCCAGACGAUGCACUUUUCACCCCGUUUACUUUGGUUGUCAAGAGGGUUGUUUAUCACUUGGAUGCAUGUCCUGAGAAUCCAGAUGAAAAGCAGACUGCCAGGGAAGAUUUCAAUGCCUUUACAGUCACUUCUCCUGCUGGUGAAGUUGUGCUCAUCAAACCCUUGGACUAUGAAACCAAGGAAAAUUACUGUUACAUUGCAACAGCAAGUGAUGGAAGACAGUCAUCUGUGCCAGUUCAAGUUGUUUUUCCUGAGGAACUGGUGGCAACCUGGGGAGGACUGGAAGGAUCUGCUUUGUUGCUCAUCAUUCUGGGGAUUUUACUUGGACUGCUGUUUUUCAUUGUUGUUGCAUUGGUAUUCUACAUAUCCAGAAACAAACGUGUUGGGGGAGCAGACAGUGAAGCCAGUCUGGUGGGCUCUUCCCCACCGCCUCCAUCCUCAGUUUUCAAUGCCCCAGCCCUGAGUCAAGCCGGCGGUGUCAAGUCCUUGUACAUGUCCACCACGCUGUCCUCGCCGGGAGUGACAUCUGACCAAGAGAACCUCGUCUCCACCAUGCACCGCAACCUCAACGCGUCUCUCGGCGGUCAAAACGGCGGCGGAGGCGGACGCCAUUUCCGAAGUCGCACCCCGGAACCCUUCCCAGUGUCUCGCAACACCGGCACUUUUGCUAAAAACACAGUGAGGCGGAGUUUGCAUCAUCUGCAUUAUCAGAACGCGUCCAUUCAAACGUCGCCGUUGAAGCGGAAUAACAAGGCAAGGGCGAGUCAAUUGACGCCUGGUGUGGUGAGGAACGGAUUGACGAAUCCGUUGGCACACAGCGAGGAAGUGGACACCUUCUACAGGGAACAAUCGAUCCGGUCCCGACACGACGCCAAUAAGGUCCAGGCGCCGCCGCCUCCGCCGCCGCCGCCCAGCGCCAACAACCGGAAAAAGGCGCCAGCACCGGCGCCACCGGUCACCAGGGAACUUUCUACUCCAGUGCUCACGUCGUCCGGGUCAGAAGAUGGCUCAGAAUCGUCACAGGCUUCGUAUUCGCCUCCAAUGCGAGACAAGAAUAACAAACGGGGUGAGGACGUUGGCAACUCUGGCAAACAGCGCUUCUCUCAGCAGCAGCAGCAGCAGCAAAGAAUUGGAUCUGCGAAAUCAAAGGUCAAUUCUUUGGUGUGGGAUGAGAGAGAGGAACAAGACGUUGAUGUGAGUUGA